UUGUGCUCAUUCGGCUUUUAAAAGCGAUUGAGACCAGUUUGGCGAUAUAUAAAAUUUUAAAUAUUUAAAGGCAAAAUUUUUAAUUUUUUCAGCUUUUGUUAAAAUCUUCCUUUGAUUUUCUGGUAUUUUAAUUAUUAACUAAACUAUCGACACUACUAAUUUGGAAGCUGAAAAUUGGCUUGAUUAACUAUAAAUUAAGCAGGAGUUUCUAGGGAAGGAGAAUUUCGCAUUAACGAUGGCAAUGCCAACUGUCCCCUCGCCCGGUCCUGCGAGACCAGGGUUUCCGUGUGCAUAUCCCGGGGUUAUGCCGAUGCCAGAACCAGGGCCCGAGUUGGCGCAGAGGUGUAUAACUGUCCAGCAACCUCCUAGGUUAGUUGUUGAGAAGAAAGUGAUCUUCGUGAAGAAAAUUCGUCAAGAUCCAAAAUUGAUCAAUGCAAUGAGGGAAAUUUGUAUUCCUCAUGUCACCACCGAGGUUAUGAUAAUGCGAAUUCCCAAAUUAACGUGGGUCACUCAAGUUAUUAAGGAGCCGAAAGUUUCAUGGCAUGAGGAAAAGCACGCAGAGCCGCAAGUUGUGUGUUAUCCAAGAGUAGUUGUCGAGCCGAAGGAGGUAUGCCAGGCAAUAUUAUGCCAACCAACUCCGCAAGUUGUUCGCGUGCCUCCACCAACAGAAUAUUGUUGCUACGCAACCGGCCCAACUACACUCAACUGCAGGCCAGCGUCAAGAUACCGGUGUCCGCCGUGUCCUCCUUACGUGCCUCCGGGACCGGCGAGUCCACUUUACUCACCAUGUCCUCCGUGUCCUCCAUAUUGUGCCCCUAUUCCGGGCUUGGCAGCUGUGCGUUAGUUAUUUAAUUGAACCGUGAAAGUUGUUCGGGUCGACAAGUUUUGUUUCGACUUUGGCGUUACUAGUGUACUAUGUCCGGUUUUCAAAUGUCUAGGGAUUAUAGUCCUGAUAAUAAUUUCUUGGGAAGAGUUCCCUAAAAAGUUACCAAAAAGUGUGCCCAGCCGUUUGGGUUUAUUGAUUUUUUUUAAUUUUCUGAAUUUUACUUCCCAAAUUGCUUUUUAAUUACUUUUCAAAGCCAUGGUAGCUAAAUUGGUUUAUAUGGUAUACUAAUGUGCCCAUUGUUGCUCUUAUUUUGGAACCUUUGAAUAAAUAUUUUAAUGGCUGGCCUA